AUGUCCUUAAGAAAGAGUCUUUAUAAACAGAGCCUGAAGAAUACUGCGUUUCCGGCGAAUACUGGCGAUUCGAGUAUCGAGGACAGAUAUUGGAUUAGAGAUUGGUACCAUCCUCAAAAAGUCAGUAAGGAGACCAAUAUUUCUCACCAAAACAUUAUGUCUGCACAAAGCCCUUCUGGCGUACUCACGCCUCACGAAUCGACUCCCCAACCUCAACAAUAUCAUCAGUCGUCCCAAUCACAAACUCCACAACCUUUGAAAGCCUAUGGAUUCAAGAUAAAAGCUUGGAUUGCGGUUGAACGAGACCCCUAUAAAGAUUGCAUUGAUGAGGAUGCCGACACCGUUUUGUCAUUGACAGAUCAUCCUUAUCUGUCUAGUAUCCUGGCAUCCAAAGAUUUUUCUUCUAGUGGAACAGGUGGUCUGACUGAUGCAGAUAUCAAGUCUGCCGUAAGCGGAACAGGAGAUGGUAACAGGCUUUUUUCGAGCAGUGCGCAGCAUGAGUUGCAAGGGUCUAAAAAUCUAGCUGAUGACUCCCUGUCAAACCAAGAAGACGCUUCUGAAAUGAAAACGGAUUAG